CGAAAGAGAGAAGGUGCACAAGGAGUCAGAUGUUCUUUGUUGGUGCUCUCCUUCAUCAAAAGCUAAAACUGUGAGGCCAGUGACAUCAGGCUCAUUUAAAUUGGGACAUUCAGAGCCUGUUGGUGACACCUGAACACAGAACGGAAAACUUGUUGCGUGAUUUGAUACCAGAGCAUCAUGUGGCCAGCCCUCCUAGUGUGUCAGCUCGUCCUGAUUCUCCAGUCAGAGGCUCAGAGUCCCUGCCUCACCCACCCAACAUUCAGAGACCCGGACAACUCUGAUAUCACAGUUGUGUGUGGCACAAACAGGAUGGAUCUUCAGAUUUUGCUGUGCCCCAUGUACUUCUAUGGAUAUAAUGAAUCCAUGGUGGCUCUUAAUGGUCAGUUCGGCAAACCUGAGUGCAGAGGAACCGCUGACUGGACCGUCAACCCACCUGUAAUGAAAUUCCAGUUCUACAUCACUGAACCAUACAUAUCCAUCUGCGCCAAUAAGCUGACGAUCACUGAGGAGAUUGGAUCUGGGCUGUUCUCCGACUUCUCUAGCGUGCAGUCUGUGAACAUCUCUGGGGUGGUCAAUACUCAGGAUCCGAACGCUGGAACCAUCACCUACCGGCAGGAGAUGAAAUACCUCUUUUCCUGUAGAUACCCACUGCAGUACUUGGUCAACAACACGGAGAUGAGUGUAUCUGGAGUGAGUCUGGCAAUUAAGGACAAUAACGGUAGUUUCAUCAGCACUCUAAGCAUGGUUCUUUUUGAGGACUACACAUAUACAACUCGUCUCUUCAUACCUCCAUCGGGUCUCAUGCUGAAGACCAGGGUUUUUGUGGAAGUCCGAGCCACUAAUCUCACAGAGAGGUUCAAUGUUCUGUUGGAUCGAUGCUAUACAACCACUAGUCCUUACCCAGGAAACAGCACAUCAUUCAACCUGUUUGUCGGAUGCAACCUUGAUCUACAAACCAUAAUGGGUGUGAAUGGAGAACAGCAGUUGGCGCGCUUCUCGUUCGAGACUUUUCGCUUUGUGGAGCACAGAAACAGGACGGUGUCGACCUUUUAUCUGCACUGCACCACCAGGCUCUGCGAGAGCUCUUUCUGUAGAUCCUUACGGCAGGACUGCACAACUUCUGGAAGAAAGCGGAGGGCCGUCCAGUCAGCUCAGGGAACCUCAGUGAGUGACGUUGCCACGGUGAGCUCUGGGGCAAUCAUCACCAAAGUGGAUGAACCAUUUGGACCUGUUGCUACAGUGUCUAAGGAGCUGAAGCAGGACAAGACAGUGGUGGGCAUCUCUGUGGCAGCGGGGGUAUUCGGAGGCCUGUGUGUCAUCAUGCUGGCUGUGCUCAUCUACAAGAUCCACAAGGACAAGUUCAAUGCAGACAAAUCAAACCUUUUCCAUUGACAGCUCUCAGAGAUCCCAGUCUUCUCAACUGAGAUGCUCAUCAUCGUGAAAUCUGUUCUCAUAGACACUGUAAAAAGGGCUUCUGCGUCUAGUCCUGUAGUUUGAUUGAGCUCAAGGUUUAGAGGACAGGAAUGGGAUGACGAGUAGAUGCCAUGAGGAAGAACAAAAUGUCAUGAAACCACUAUUAUAAAUAGAUGUGUGCCUUACAGUAAAACAGUCUACUGAAUGGAUUAGUCAUACUUUUUUGCAUGCCAGUGUUCAUUAUGAUUUUAACUAUACUCCAUUUAUAUAUAUCUGCAUUUUUGGGUUUUCUGUAAGAGGGCAUUCUUGUAAAAAAAAGAUUUUUGUUAAUGUUAUGAGUAAUUAAAGCAACCCAGGAUAUAUUAA